AUGCUAGCUCCUAUCCGUCCAGCAUCCUCUACUGGUACCGAGUGUGUGAGAGUAUUUGUUAGGGUGGACUCAGCAGCCAAGACAGUCUCGGUGGGAGAUCCCUCCAACGCUCAGAAUGACUCUGGCACGUCAUAUACUUUCGAUGGGGUCUUCGGCCCAACCUCGACACAAGAGGACGUUUUUGGUAUGGUCGGCUCCCAGGUCGCUGGGGCCUGCCUGGAAGGCUACAAUGGCUCUAUCUACGUCUACGGCCAGACUGGCACCGGAAAGACCUUCACAAUGUUGGGCCCUCCUAGAGGUCGAGGCCUCACUAGCCGCAUAAUAGAGAGUAUAUUCCACGAGCUUAAGACGAAGCAGAGUGGCUCAGAGGGGACCUUUAGUUACAUGUGCAAGAUCAGCUGCGUCGAGAUAUAUAGAGAGGCUCUUACAGACCUAUUUGACCCCACAGGGCAACAGCUGCAGCUGAGGGAUGAUAUUAGGAGAGGGGUCUAUGUCGAAGGGCUCAGUGAGCACACUGUCUAUGAUAGUAAGGAGGCGGAGCUCAUCGUCCGUAGGGCUCUGGUGAAGAGGCAUGUUGGGUCGACGAUGAUGAACGAGCAGUCGUCUAGAUCCCACUGUGUGGUCAUGCUACGCGUGGCUACCAAGCUUAGUCAGAAAGGAGGAGUCACCCAGACCAAGGAGGCUAGUCUCAACCUAGUGGAUCUGGCUGGCAGUGAGCGUCAGCCCAGUGGUAGUCACAACAAUCGUAGCAGUAGUGGGAUGGAGAGCCAGGCCAGGGUUAAGGAGGCUGGGGCCAUCAACAAGUCCCUCUCGGUGCUCACUAGUGUCAUCUACUCAUUGAGCAAGCAAUCCACUUUCACGCAUUUCCGCGACUCGAAGCUAACCUUCCUCCUCCGUGACAGCUUAGGAGGCAAUAGCAUCACUAGCAUUAUCGCUACGGUAUCACCCUUGGCCGCCAACUUUGGCGAGACUCUAUCGACCAUUAAGUUCGCUGCUAGGGCUAAGCGCAUCAAGUGCCAGGCUGUCCUCAAUGAGUCCCUCACGGGAACAGUGGAGUCCCUAACAGCUGAGCUGGAGGCUGCAAGGAGGCAACUGGCUGCUUUGACGGCGGGGCAGACUCAGCUGAGAGUGUCCCCAGGGGUACCUGAUGGGGGCACUGGGGCCUUUGCGACUAGAGGAGGAGUAGGAUCACCAUCUAGUGCUGAUGAUGGGGAUGGGCAGAGGGCCAAGUCUGGGGAGGCCUCAUCAGCGUUGAGGAGGAGAAUUAUCAGUCUGCAGAUCUUGCUUGCUGGGUCGUUGGCUAGAGAGAGGGAGUUGGAGGAAGUGAAGACGAAGCAGCAGAAGUGGGCUGUGUACUGGGAGGAGACCGCCAAGAGCCUUCAAGCGUUCGAGGAUGCGGGCAGCUCACUCACUAGGCUGGUGGCCAAGGAUAAGGCUGGUGAUAAUGGUGGAGACGACGCUGAGGAGGUUGAUGAUGACAGAGAGGAGGAAAUACGACUGCUGCGCACCUUGGUCGAGAACCAUCCGGAGAGGGCCAGACGGGAGCUGUUGGAGUUGGAGCUACAACAGCAACUUGAGGAGAAUGCUGCACUGAAGAGGGAGGCGAGGGAGAUGCGGCAGGAGCAUGAGGAACAGAUGAGGGCAGAGAGGCGUCGAAGACAGAGUACAGAGAGCACUGCUACGAUAUCUGCUAUGGAUGGCCUCAGUAGAACUCUACGUAGCGGCAUCCUGCCUGGUCGUCAGAGUGGGCAGGCUGUAGCGAGUGCUGUUGGAGGGGCGACUGGGUUGCGGUUUAUCACGGACAGCGUGUCUGAUGGGUCUCCCCAGGGUGGAUCUGAAUUCACCGAGUCUGAUGCAGAGUCGAUCGAUGUGGCAGUGCACCUCGGGGAUACUGGUGGUGGGCCCCUCAGUGAUGACGAUGAUGAGAAGCAGUCGGGGGUAGGAGAGGAGGCCAGGGGCAGCAUGGAGUCUGUCCAGAUCCGGCAUUUGAAACGGGAGAUCAGAAUGCUCUUGGCGGAUAUUGAGGAGUUGCGAGGACGAUGCCAGUUCGCUGAGAUUCCGAGACAGGAGACGCCAGCCCCCAUAGAGGGGGUACAGGAGGAUGGCUAUGGGGACCUUGGGGUUGCACCCUCCCCAGAGUACAGGUUUGGGGAGAUCAUUCAAGCCUCCCCGGGUCUGAGUCCACACGGCACUCCGGCUGUGCUCAGGACCAGGAAGGCCGACCAGAGCCCUGAGGCUUCACCUCCUCAAAGCUGGAGUCAGCUGGUUCCUAUCAGCAAUGAACGGGUGUCUAGUGAUGGUGACGACGAGGAGGAGGAGGCUACUGGCGCUGUGAAAAUCGACUCUGAAUUAGUCCGGGAAGUGGCCUCGCUGUGUAGAGAUGUUGAUGCCCUGGUGGAGAAGAUACGGCAGGCGGACAACGCACUCGUCCUUCGGUCUACGCCGGUAAUGGAGGUGCAUGGGGACCAUGGGGGAGUGGUUGGAGAGCAGGGAGAUGACUUUGAGGAGAUAGACGUCGAGAAGAGUCUGAAGAAGAGCCCUUGGGUGAUCGAUGGGGAUGGAAUGUCCUCGAAAGGGAGUGGUACAAACUCUCCGAUGCGGCAGUUGGCCCAGAGUGCUAGUAUGAGCCGUCUUAUGAGGUAUACAGCAGCGACUGUCAUGAGCGGCCAAGGCGGUGUACGCGACAAUGCUUCUAAGCUUGCUGGUCUGUCCUCGAUUAAGUCCACCCCACACCUCAGCUCGCUGUUGGAUAAGCGACGACGAGGGCCUCCCCCAGCGUCCUCUAAGGAGCAGACUAGGACCCUCUCUAAGAAUGCUAAUACGGCCAGUGCCUUGUUGAGGAACAAGAGUACGAGAAGCCUCCACGCGAUAUCGGAGUUGGAGCUGUCAGUCUUUGAUGAGAGGACGGGCUAUAUGGUCACCACCGCGAGUCCGAGGACGGCAGCCAUCGCUGGUAGUGCUAGCAGUGCCGCCUUGCCGACCAUGGAGGAGAUAUUGGGGGAAGAUGGUGAUGAAGAGGAGGAGGCUCUCCUAAGGAGCACUAAGGAGACGUUGAAGAAGUUGCUGAUAGAGCUGGAGUUGGUGUCGAAUGCAUAUCAACAGCUCUCGGAUGACUUCCAGAAGCUACUAGAGGACUAUGAGUCUAAAGUAGCCGAAUGUGAGUUCUUCCAAUCGCAGUGGAACCAGCUGCUGAGGGGGAAGGAGAGGCUACAGCAGAGAGGCUUGGUUGCAGUAGGGCGCCUCGAUGGAUGGCUGGCUAAGGCCAGCUUGUCAGGAUCCUUCCCUAUCAUCGCUAUUGUCACGGUCUUCUAG